AUGACGGACAGUGAUAGAGAGUUCGAAAUGCUCAAAGAGAAACUCCGAAAGCUUCUCGAGAGUCCGUUCUUUGAAGGUUUCAUUUACUUGGUCAUCCUGUACAACAUAGCGACUAUGGCGCUGGAUGAUAUCUAUGUAAAUUCUCCUUCAACUGUUCGCGUUGUGUUGGCGCAAUGGUACAACUACGAGACUAUCAUACGUCUAGACAGCAUCACAGACACCAUAGUGUUGUCCAUCUUCACUCUCGAAGCGGCUUUGAAGAUCCUAGCUUAUGGAGCCGGCUACAAGCCGGCUGGCGAGGGAAAGGCCAUGUUCAUACAAGGCGAACAACAGAGUAGUGUGUCUGAAGAGAAAGUCAAGGCAAUCAGAGACGCUUUUGACAUGUUCGAUGCCGACGGUGGGGGCUCAAUCGAUGAGUUCGAGAUGAGGAUAGCGAUGAGAGCUUUGGGGAUAAGCAGGAGCAGGAAAGAAGUGAAGUCGCUGUUUGAGGCAGCUGAUAUUGAUGGAAGCGGGCAGCUGGAGUUUGAGGAGUUCAAAGAGAUCAUGAUAGCGAAGAUGAGCGAAGAGAGAGUGAUCGACGGUUAUUUCGUCUCCUACUGGAACCGUCUCGAUUUCUUCAUCGUUUGCGUUUGCUGGAUUGUGUUCAUCGUUGCAGCCAUUGACAAACAAGCUUCGGCUGACAUCGGUCGCAUGGCCAAGGUCCUGCGACUCUUCCGUCCUCUACGAGCUCUGCGCAACCUGGAGGGGCCUAUGGAUGUUCUCCGGGUCAUUCCUGCUAGUCGGUCGUCCAUGACGAACCUGUUGGUUCUCUUCAGCUUCAUCGUCUUCAUCUAUUCGAUCCUGGGGAUCAACUUGUACGGUAUUGAUGGCUCUUUCUAUGGCAAGUGUGUUGUAGCAGAUGGCAACACUCUUGCGGCCACGUGGGAUCAAAGAAUGUACGGGAUCGUUCCAUCGAACUUUACGAACAAGGAGCCGACAUUUGGAGAGAUGCAGAUCCCUCUCAGAGUGUGUGGCCCAUCAGGCGGAGGCUGCGAAGAAGAUUUCUUUGAGUGCUCCUGCAAACCUCCCUCAGAGAAUCUCUCAGACAUAAGUUUUGCCGAGCUCCAUCCGGGUUGCCGCCGAAGCCCUACAGGAUCUCUACUGGAUCAAACCAACACCGGAGCUCCUCAGUUGCCUUUCUUCGGGUUCCUGGGGUUUAGCAACUUUCCGAUUGCGGUCCUGACAAUCUUUUCAACAACUUCUCUAUCCAACUGGAACAUGACGCUGAUGUAUGCCAUGGAAGGACUUGAUCCUACCGUAGGGUGGCUCUUCUUCAUCAGUCUGAUCAUCUUGGCACGCUUCUGGAUCCUCAAUCUCGCAAUGGCAGUGAUGGCCAUGGCGUACAGAGAGGUUCGGAGCAGGAGGAGGGAGAUACAGAAGGAAAAAGCUCAGAUAAGAGCUGAAACUCUCCUCGUGAAGAAGCUGCAGAAAGAGCAGAAGAUCUCAGCAGUCAAGGAGACGGACGAGAGUAUCAACAUCCAGUCCAAGAAAUUCGCCAAGAUCUUGGAAGUGAUCAAGUUGAAGCUUGACAAGAGCAAUAUGUCAGAGAUCGAUGAGGAAAACUACGACGACUUGUACAACUUUCUAGAUGAGAAGACCAAGGAUGGAGUUGUUAGCAUAGAAGAUUUCCACGCCUCUAUGCUCAGGCCCUUCCGGGAGGCUACCUCGAUCGAGAGCAAGAUGAGAAGGUUCUACUAUGCAAAGGAGUCAGGCAUCGCAGAAGGACUCGGGCUAUCUAUGCCUCUCAUGAGCAGAAUCAAAGAAGUUUUCGCGCUUGCCGGAUGCGCGUCCGAGGGCUACCUGACGAAAGAAGGGCUGCGGUACCUUGUCGGGCUUGUGUUCUCCCAGGACGACAAGAAGCAACUGAUGGAGGAAGAAAACUUCUUCUGGAUCCUGGGGCUCUUUCCAGUUAGCAACGUGUACCUUCACAAGAACAAUGUCCCCUUCACAAGGCUCCCCCUUCUCAUCGCAAGAGCCAUGGCAGCUCCUCGUGUCCUCGACGAGUGUGCUGAGCUCAUCCCCGAGGUUAUCAUGGAGAAGCUGGAGCAGCUCCACCUUCGAGCUGACUUCGGCCCUCGGGUGGGAGCAUGGAAGCUGGUGGCUGGUGCGGGAGGGAGCAAGAUUCUUGUCAGCGCGGAGAAGGCGGGCGGUACUCCUGCCGUCGCUGCGCUGUCCUCAUCAGCAGGAGGGCAGAUCACGUUGAUGGAAGGGGAGAUGGUGCCGGGAGGGACGGGAAUCUCGAUCACAGACCAGCGGGAGGAUCUGAUUCAGUUUUUGAACAUGCUGCAGCCGGUCGUGAUGCCGGAGAAGGGCAGGAGUUGGACGAGGCGUAUCAGGGUCAGCUCAUAUCUCGACAUGGUAUUCAUCUCUAUCAUAGUCGUCAACUUCCUCAUCAUGACGACCGAGCACUUCGACGGGACUGUCGUCAUGGACUGCGACGACGACAACAUCUGCCCACAACAUCUUCUCAUCAUGAAUGCGACUCAACGCAGGCUGAUCGAGGUUUCCGACGUCUUGUUCACAAUUGUCUUCUCCCUCGAAGUCCUCCUGCGCAUCACCGCAGCCGGCUCUUUCCUCAGAUACAUCAUCAUCCCGCAGAACCGUCUUGAUAGCGCCCUCGUCCUCGUCUCUCUGCUCCAGCUCACGAUCCCUGGCAACUUCGUUCACCUCUUCGUCCUCCGCAUCGUCCGCCUCGUCAGGAUCUUCAAAGUCGUCGCAAAGUUUCGCCGCCUGCGCAUGCUCUUCUGGAAGGUCGCUCUGUCUCUCUCCCCCAUCCUCCACGUCAUCGCCGUCCUCUGCUUCGCCAUGGUGAUGGUGGCGCUUCUUGGCAUGCAGCUCUUCAUGUGCCCCAUCCGCCCAUACUCCUGCGGGGAGGAGGAGCGAGACGCUUCAGGGCUGUGUCCGGUGUUCGAUCAGAGCUGCUUCUACGACUCUCACUGCCCUCUCUACAUGUUCUGCUCCUUCAAGCCGUACAUCAACUUCAACACCUUCUGGUCCAGCUUCUUCACGACCUUCGUCGUCCUCACAGGAGACGAUUGGACGGGCAUCAUGUACUCGGCUAUGAGAAUCUACUCGAAUCCUGUCGGAGCUGCGAUCUUCUUCGUGCUAGUGUACAGCUUUCUUGCCUACAUCCUGCUCAACUGCUUCAUCGCUGUCAUUAUAGAGAACUUCGAGAUGACCGACGAAGAAAAGAUUUCCAACCAGCUUGCAGCAUACAGGAUCAAAGUCUUGAACGACAUGCACAAAAAGCAACAAUCCUCAAGGAAGAAGAGACAGGCAAGUCAGGACAAGAACCUUGAGCAGGAGUUAGGCAAAGAUAUCCCCAAUCACGUGCUGGACGUGUUGAACGAGGAUUUCAAGGACGUGUACGAGUACGAGGAGGAAGAUGUAGUCAUCUUCGGCUUCCUAGCUCCUCCGACUCCCAACUCCUCCUGCCCUCAGGCGCCGAGGAAUCUGAGAGGAUGGGCAAGAGACAUAUACGACAAUCAGUGGUUUGAGAACAUCAUCAUCUGCUGCAUCGCCGUCGGAACUGUCUGUCUUGCUCUCGACUCUCCGAUCUCUGAGUUCAGUCUAUUGGAUCCUACUUUCUUCGCAAAGGCGGACAUUGCGCUGUUUGUGAUCUACAUGAUCGAGUUUGUGCUCAAGGUUCUUCACCAUGGAAUCUACUGGGAGCACAAAGAUGCUUAUUUCCAAUCUGAGUGGAACGUCUUGGACUUUGUUGUCCUUCUCUGUCAACUGGCAGAUGUCACCGGUUUGAUCCACGGCAUAUCAGCCAUGAAGGCUGCUCGCGUGCUGCGUCCUCUGCGUCUGCUUAGCAAGAUCAGCUCGUUACAGAGGUUGUUAGCAGCAGUCGGUUCGUCAGCGACUGACUUCGCGUCUGUUGGCAUCCUUGCAUUGUUUAUCUUGACAUGUUUCAGCGUUCUUGGUGUCAACCUUUUCGCGGGAAAGCUUGACUUGUGCAAUGACGAUUCUCCUGGAGUGAGAACAGUUUACAUGUCCGUUCCGUGCGAAAGCAACCAAACAUUCGACGCCCCUCCUGGCUUGUCGGUGUCAACCAUCUACUGCGACGGGAAGGCAAGGAGAAGGUUUGCACCUCCGAUCAACACGAGAUGGGAAUGCUCGGGCAGCUUUCUAAGCUACGACAACAGCCAAGGGUACUAUGUGUAUAAGGGAGAUCAGACAGAGAUUUUCAAAGCUGCUCAAACUCUCUUUGAGAUUUUAUGUCUGGAAAAUUGGACAGAAAUUGCUCAAAGUGUAGUUGAGUGUCAGGGAGUCGGUUUGCAGCCGACGUAUCAAUUCACAAGAUGGAACUGGGUUUACAUCGCUGCAUUCAUCGUUGCUGAAGCGUUUAUGGUCCUGCCGCUUGUUGUAGGUGUUGUUGUGGACAACAUCAAGAGGAAGAGUGGAGCGGUCAUCUCAACGGAUCUGCAGAACAACUGGACACUGUUCGAAAAGAAGAUUGCAACUCUGAAACCAAUAAGACAUCAUAUCAACUUGAAAUCUCAAGUCCAAGCGUUCGCCUGGAAUCUUUCCCGUUCUCCUUACUUCAGCCAACUCAUCCUGGCUACCAUCGUCUUCAACAUGAUCACCAUGGCAGCUGAUCACUACAAUCCCACUGAAGGCUGGAGCCAGUUCUUUACCUUUCUGCCUCACUCGCUACUUGGCCAGCACGUCAACAUUGUCUGGAGACUUCUCCAGUGCCUUCUCAUAAUAUUCCUUGGCUUUCACAACGUUGCUGUUGUAUCGAUGCUCGAUGAAGCCGCACAUUGCAAGAGCGUCGACAUUCAUGCUAUCAAUCUUCAGAGCUGUCUGGCAAAGGAGGAGCGAAGUCUUUAG